AUGUCUUUCGCGAACUCCCACGGGGCUGAGGAGUCCUCUUCGCACAUGCUGCCGCCCGUCCCGCCGACUCGGCGGGCCACUAGCCUGCACACAAAGAUCCUGGACUCGCCCAUUCGCGUCAUCAAUAAGCUGCAAAACUUGACCAUCAAGCCCAACGUCGACACCGGCGGUGUUCCCCUCACGCUGGAGGCCCUCUCCUGGUUCAACGAGAUGCCCCAUGAGCACCGCAACAUUGCCUUCAGCAGUGUCGCCUGCCGGCAGAUGCUUCACAUCGACCGCUCCUCGCCCGACCCCCACCCUUUGGCGCACCUGGCCCUGCGUAUCAACUCGCUCCAUCUGCCUGAUCUCGAAAUGGAGAAGUUCUGGCUCGUCAUGAACUCCGGCGGUGUGGUUCACUUCCUUCAAAUUGACCAGACCCGGCAGCCGCCCUCGGACGACCUGCCGCCCCUGAUGCCCGGGCAGUGCACCACCCCGCCCGGCGAGAAGUCGCGUGUCUUCUACUUCCCUGUCGACUCGAAGAUGAAGCUCCAGAUCAAUGUUUUCUCCGGUGAGGUUGCUCCCAACCGCCCACCUGUGCGCAGCGGCGCCGACACGCCCCCCCUGGUCGCGUCCGGCGACGUGUCCGACGAUGGCACCCCCAAGACCGACAGCUCGCUCAUUUGCUCUCUGAUCGUGGCCAUCCCCGGCCAUGAUGUCGGCGCUAGCAAUGCGGUCAUGCCCCUGUCGGAUGGGUCCUUCAGUGGCAAUGCCCAGCGCAAUCGCCUGCUUCGCUCGCUGAUUCGCCCCUCGCCGGAUCCCCGCACCAGCGGCCGGCAGCUGUCCAUCACCAUGGCCACCAUGCAGAUCCAGGGCUCCGGUGCCAUGCUUGGCCGGUCGAACUCCUUCAGCCAGAACGACUCGCGCUCCGUCCGCCUGGAGGGUGUGCUCAACGCCUGCUUCGGCACUCGCUGGGACCUCACCCGUGCGGUCCUUCGCGACCGGCGGAUUAUGUACUUCACCUGCUCCAGCUUCUCGGAGCUGGCCCGGUCGAAGUCCAUCAACGAGACCCUGGACGCCCUGGCGGCCGGCGACGAUGACUCCACCCCCUCGGCCAAGGAGGCCGCCUCCAUCAACACCAGCCUCAUGCUGCACACCGGCGGCCGGCCGGACCUGAGUGAUGAUGACUCGCGCCCGGCGGCCGAGUUCCCCCUGGCCGCUGGCGGGGCCAUGGCCCGUGUCGUCGCCUCGGUCAGCCUGGUGGACUGCGUCAAGGUGCAGCAGGCCCCGGCUGACGGGCGCCUGCCCAAUGGCAUCGAGCUGGUCUAUUCCUCGGCCGAGGCGGCCCAGAAUGCCGGCUCCUCGCGCCACGACAUGAGCGAGUCCGACCUUCUCAGCCCGGAGAUCGACAACGCCAGCCGCUUCAUCUACGCUGCCUCGGCGGCCGACCGCAAGAAGUGGCUGGUUCACCUGCGUGUGGCCGUCGGCGAAUUGAAGAUGGAUGCCCUGGACAAGUUUUAUGCCGAGCAGCAGGCCGCCCAGCAGAAGUAA